AUGAUACUCCACAAUGGUGCGGCCUACCUCCGCUUGGAGCCUGCAAGCCCGGCUCCAGCAGCACCUGCUCCUCCGGCUGCGGCUCCAGAAGAACCUGUGGCAGCAUGCGCAGUUCGACCGGUGCCAGACUUGGAUGACAACAAGCCUCCCACGCACGCAGACAUCCAGCGAAACAUCGACAGUGGCGCCAUCAUGGUCCACGUGAGUCGAGUGGCACAGACAGCAAGUGCGCAUCGCAGCCUUGUCACCAACAUCCAGAAGGCCCUGCGCCUACCGGUUGGCAUAUCGAAUGGAGAGUGGGGUGUUGAAGCACAACGCAGGCUUUUCGAAGUUCUUCGCAAGGCAAAGCGUUCUCGUGGCCGAGUGCUCGCUAUCGCUGACAAGGAAGAGGCGCCGCGACCCCUCGAGCAACUCCCCUUCAUCCUGACAUCUGACUCAUCCACCUCCGAGAACCGGAAGAGCAACACAAAGCAGAAGACAGACAUGAAUCCUCUUGAGGAGUUCGAGUGUUUCAGCGUGGCUUACGAUGAGGCUGUUGCAGCAAACAAGGAACUCCGGCAGGACAUCUAUAUGAAGGACCUCCGCAUCAGUGAGCUAGAGGAGGCCAUGAGUAACUUGCUUGAUGAGGCCAUGGAGCAGUUCGGCGGCAAGGAGCAUCACUGCGAGUCACUCUCGCUUCCCCGGUGUGGCUUCGUGGACGCAUCGGCCCUGGAACACCCCGUCUCUAUCAAGGACUUCAUCACUAAUGUCUGUCAGCGUCCUGAAGGGUUGAAAACUUGCCCAUUGACCUUUGAUGUGCACUGGAACAUCCCUGGGUUCGGCAAUGUCGCCCGCCUAGGUGAAGUGAUUCAAUCCAACCACUUGGACGAUCUACCGGACGCCGUCCGCUUGAAGAAGCAACUUCCUCCAACCUCCAAGGAAGGCCUAUGUGUGGAUCCUCACCCAGAUCAGGCCAGAUUCCGGGUCUCCCAUGGCGGGUUGGCCAGAAUCCAAGGCACCGCGUGGGCCUCAUCCACGAUACUGGACGACCCGCAGGUCGACAAUUUGCCCAUGGCCGACAUCAAGAGCUGGCUCACCUUGGAAGAGGAUCAGAACUGGACGGGGAGAUACAAUGAUGUGAAGAUGGACGACAACAGUCGUCGCUGCAUCACGUCGGACGAGUUCUUCGAACUGGCGCGCAAAUUCUCUGAAGGCCAUCAGGAGACCGAUGUGCUGGCAACCUUGAAGCGCGUAAAUCGGAAAGAAAGGUCUUCAAUCCCGUCGUGGCCAAGCGUGGUAAGCAGCGCCUCCUCGCAAAGCGCCGUUCGGAAGACAGAAUGGCAGCCCAUCGGCAGGAAGUACUUGGAAGGCCGCAACAUCAUCUUCCACACAGACUCGGCCCGUAGCUACAAGACCCGUCUGAACAAGGUUGUGCAUGAUAACGUCGUGCGCUGCAAAAAGAAAGUGAGGGUGAACGGGAAGUGGACGUGGCAAAUGCCCAAGUAUGUCAAGGUCACGACCCACACAUUGCCGGGCACAAACAAAAAAGUGAAGGCGAAGGCUGGAACGCAAAUCGUCGACCGUGCGUGGCGGUACAUCAAGGAUCGCUUGUCCCUCAAUCAGAGCACGCGCCCGGGAUCCAGACUGAUUCGAGCCAGCACAGAUCCAGGGAGCUCAGCGAACCCCAACCUGGCCGACAGCGACGGCCAGGCGCCUUUGCAUCAGGCGGCGGAGCUUGGCCAGCUCGAUUGCCUCAACCUCCUCCUCCUCUGUGGGGCGCAG